AAAUAGGCUUGUUUACUUUUAGAUUAAAACAAAUUAUUGAUUACUGCUGCUUCGGUACGUAACAUGAGAACAUGUACUAUUUCAUAAUUGCAUUAGGGUUUUUGCUAAUAUUUAUAAUUACCUUAUUAUGGCGACAGACAGAUUCAAGAUACAUUGAACUAAUUAACAAAAUACCUGGACCACCAACUUUGCCUGUUGUAGGCAAUACUUAUGAAAUGUUUGGGCCGCCUGAAUAUGUUUGGCGGAUGUUUCAAGAGAACAACAAAAGGUACUAUCCAAUAUACCGUUUAUGGAAUGCUCAUAUAGCUUCAGUUGAAUUAUUAUGUCCAGAAGACAUCGAGGUUUUGUUGACAAACAACGAAAACUUGGAGAAAAGUAGAAUUUACGAAUUCUUACAAGUUUGGUUGGGUACUGGUUUAUUAACCAGUAAAGAUACAAAAUGGCAUUAUAGACGAAAAUUGAUAACUCCCGCAUUUCAUUUUGGAAUACUGAAGAAUUUUUCAAAAACAAUGAUCGAAAGAAGUGAAUUGCUCAUUCAAAACCUUGAAUUAGAAUGUAAUAAAGCAAAGACUCUUAUUGAGCCGAUCAUUGGAGAAUUCACUUUACGAACAAUAUGCGAAACAGCAAUGGGCACGAAAUUAGAGGAAAAUGACGCUCGAUCCAAAGAAUACAUGACAUCAAUUUAUAACAUGGGGCAAGUGAUCUUGGAGCGUAUAAAGCGCCCUUGGUUGUUCGUAGAGUGUUUCUACUACUUCACACAGCUUAGGAAGCAGGAGAACGCACUAAUAAAAAUUUUGCAUAAAUUUACCACGGAUGUUAUAGAAAAUCGAAAAGUUCAAUUUAAGAAUGUAGACAUUCUGUCGGCAAGUAUAAGAGAAAAAGGUGAUGAGCCAAAGAGGCGGUUGGCUUUACUAGAUUUACUUUUGCAUUUUCGAAAUCAAGGUGCUAGCAUUCAGGACGAAGGAAUUCGAGAAGAAGUCGACACGUUUACUUUUGAAGGACACGAUACGACUUCAUCCGGUAUACAGUUUGCGCUACUUUUACUAGCCAACAAUCCUCAUAUACAGAAAAGGGUGGCCGAAGAGAUACGUAACGUGAUGGGUGACUCCGAUCGUCAAUUUACGUAUGCAGAUGUCCAAAAUAUGCAUUAUUUGGAGAUGACAAUAAAGGAAUCUUUGCGCUUGUUUCCCAGUGUUCCAAUCAUCGCCAGAAAACUGACAACUGAUCUGAGGACGGCCUCUAAUUAUUUGAUUCCAAAAGGCACAGUUGUGCAUGUUCAUAUUUUUACCUUACACCGAAACCCAGUUGUUUUUCCUAAUCCAGAAAAAUUUGACCCCGAAAGAUUUUCGCCCGAAAAUUCACGUGGCCGCCACCCUUUUGCGUAUAUACCGUUUAGUGCGGGACCAAGAAAUUGUAUAGGUCAAAGGUUCGCCAUGUUGGAGUUAAAAAUUGCGAUUGCCUCAAUUAUUCGGAAUUUUCGGUUAAUCGCUGUAGAUAAACUAUCAGAUAUUCAACCAACAAUGCACUUGGUUUUAAAAAAUUCUACGAAACUGUCCAUACAAUUUCGAAAAAGAACUUAUACUAAUUCACCGUAGCUGUACCUAAUGUUAGAUACUCACAAUAGAAACAUGUUCCGCAAUAAAAGGUAGGUCAAAGAAGUAGGUAUACAUAGAAUGAUGAGGUCGAUAUAUAAGUUAUAAUAAAUAAUAAUAAGGUACCUUGUAUACUUACAUGUAUAGGUACCGUGUUCUGAAAAGGAUGAGCGCGGUAACAAAUGAUUAAUACAGCAAAACAAAGGAAAUAAUAAAUCUUUUAAUUAUUCUA